AUGUCGUCCCAUUUCCUCCGCACCUAUUGCGCUGCUAUGUCAUUUACACGAGUCGUCUCACCAGGCAUAGCCUGUAAAGCGUGUAGAGCUGCAAUUGCGCGCUCUUCCCCAGCAAUACCAGUCAACGGCUUGACGACGCACGCCUCCUGGACCACAUCUUUCGCAUCUCCUCAGCGGUCAUUCACGGCGGCUACGGAUCGGAGAGCAGACAAGCAUAACCCCGCGACCGAAGACCCGGAGUUCGCCUUCUUGGAUAAGAAUGACGGCACGUCUACAACCUCUCCAAAACCCGACAGCACACCUGUCGAACCCACGCAACAACAACCAACACCCACACCCCCCGAGCCAUCCCAAUCCGCUCCUCUGCCAUGGUACCUACAAAACCGGCCGACGCCCACACCCCAACAGCCCGCCUUAAUACCAGACCUCCCGCCAAACCCGCCUCCCCUCUUACCCACUCUCCUAGACUACAUUUCCACCACCGCCGGCCUCGACGACCUCACGCUCUUCGACCUGCGCAACCUGGACCCCCCGCCCGCCCUCGGGCCCAAGCUGAUCAUGGUCCUCGCAACCGCGCGCUCCGAAAAACAUCUCCACGUCUCCGCCGACCGCUUCUGCCGCUAUCUGCGGCGCGAGCACAAGCUGCGCGCCAACGCGGCGGGCUUGCUGGGCAGGAACGAGCUGAAGAUCAAGCUGCGGAGGAAGGCGAAGCGGAUGAAGAUGCUGGCGAAUGUUGGGGGCGCGACGGAAAUACAGGGGAAUCUCGAUGAUGGGAUUCGCACGGGGUGGAUCUGUUGUACGGUGGGGAAGAUUGAGGCGCAUCCGGAGGAUAGCGAGAUGCCGGGGGAUAAUGUGAAGGAGUUUGUGGGGUUCAGGGAAGUCAAGCCCGGGGUUAAUGUCGUGGUGCAGAUGUUCACCGAGGAGAAGCGGGCGGAGAUUGACUUGGAGGCGCUGUGGGGCGGCAUACUGCGGACACAUGAACGGAAAGACAGGAAUGCGGAGGAAGCAUUGAAACAGUUAGAAGAGGACGCUAAUGAAGACGAGGCACAGGUGCAGAUACAAGCCGGAAGAGACGCAGAACAUGCCGCGCAGCAAGUCACUCAACGAGCAGAUACACCACCACCAGCUCCACGAACCGCCCCCUCGCCAACCCAUCAAUUCACCAAGCCACGCCCAACAACCGGCGACGUCUUCCCGCCAGCCUCGCCCUCCAGGCCGCCCUUCGAUCAAAUAAGGCGCCUGCAUACCAUAGGCUUGCGACCCUGACCAAAAGUCAGCAAGCAUGCUCCCAUUACUGUACGAAUAUGUAAAAAUCCAUCCCAUAAUUUUGUUUUGUAGUAGGAUAUUGAGAUCCUGAACAAGGUGCGGUGUUAUAUGUACGCGCGUAUACGACUAGAGGCAAAGCGGAGCGUUAGAGAAAUCUUCGCAUCGUUUCUCUUACCCUCCAUCUUAUGGAACAAGCUCAGCAUAGCAUAGCAUAGCAUAGAUAAAAAU